AUGGAACCUCACUCACUAUUUGCAAUUGGCGAGAACUUUGGGAUGAACAGUAGGAUUUGGAAGGAGGGCGCCAAGUCUAUCCAUGAUGGAUGGCUCAAGUGGGCUGCAUUGCAAAGGGAGCGGCGACAAAAGACCGCACCUCGUGGGAAUGUCAGACGUCUUGCAAAUGGGCUGCUUGACGUUGAUCAGAAGGGGAGAUACGUGAAAGAGAUUCGAGAGAACUCCAGCUCGCCACUGUUCCGCUUGCCACCCGAGAUUCGAAACAAGAUCUUCGCUUAUGCGGUGGGAGGAAAUUUCACCUUUGAGGCUGCAAGGCUCUUCUAUCUUGGUGACUGGGACGGGGAGUCACUGGAAUUAAGCCGGGUUCAGGAUGUAGCGUUGGCGUAUGCCGAGACCGCUCUUCUCCCUUUCUCUGCGAGCAUUUUCAAGUUUGGUCCCGGCAUCGAGGGUAUCCACGAAUGGUUACAGUGUCUCCUGGAUGUCGAGCGUGAAGCUAUCACUAGCGUCGAGUACCUAGGAGACUACCAUUUUCCAUCCCGUUCCAACAGGCCCCCGGUGUGGUCGAUUGACCACGGAGUCAUGGAAAGAUUGUUCAGCCACCAGGCGCCGAUGUUUCCAAACCUAAAAUUCCUCCACAUAGUCUUCACCGUCUACUUCACCUUCUACGAGUCUAACGAGGACUGGACGCUGGAUGAAAGCUCGGAACUCGGAUUGAAUGAGAUAAAGAAACGCAUUGAGGCGGAGCUCCCCAACGUUUCGGUAACUGUGUCGUGGCGUGCUGAAUAG